GGGCGUGUGAGUUCCCAGCGCACUGCGGGCUCGAGCUGCCACCUGCCUCGCCGCAAGGGAGAGGCGAGCGCUCGGACCGCAGGCACCAGCCCUAGGGCCCUCGCCGCUCCUGCCUCUGCUCGCUGCGUGCCCGCGGCAGCCCCGUUCUCCAGCCGCGGCCAAGGGCGCCGGCGAGAUGGUUUGCGGCGGCUUCACCUGCUCCAAGAACUGCCUGUGCGCCCUCAACCUGCUCUACACGCUGGUCAGCCUGUUGCUGAUUGGAAUUGCAGCAUGGGGUAUAGGCUUUGGCCUCAUUUCUAGUUUCCGAGUAGUUGGCGUAGCAAUUGCAGUGGGGAUCUUUCUGUUCCUUAUUGCUUUGGUUGGAUUGAUCGGUGCAGUCAAACAUCAUCAGGUGUUACUCUUCUUUUACAUGAUUAUUCUCUUGCUAGUGUUCAUUGUCCAGUUUUCAGUCUCCUGUGCUUGUCUGGCAUUGAACAAAGAUCAGCAGCGCCAACUUCUAGAGGUUGGAUGGAACAACACAAAGAGUGCUAGAGAAGAUAUUGAGAGGAAUCUAAACUGUUGUGGUUUCAGAAACUUCAAUUCAAGUGAAACCUGCUCUGCUGCUUGCGUUAAAGCUAACGACUGUUCAACAUGUGCAUCUAUAAUAGAAGAAUAUUCAGGAAUGGUACUGAGAUUUGUAGGUGGCAUAGGACUCUUCUUCAGUUUCACUGAGAUUUUGGGAGUUUGGCUGACUUAUAGAUACAGGAACCAAAAAGAUUCUCGUGCAAACCCUAGUGCAUUUCUUUGAUUGGAAAAUUUCUCAAGGACCGAAUCUUUUUCCAGUUAAAAUAUGAAUUCUCUAGCAAUUGGCACUUCUGCACGCUAAGGAUCUGAAAGAGAAUGAUUUUCCUACAUGGAGAUGUUUGUGCUUGUCAUCUUUGGUUUCCCAAUCUUCACCUCUGCGUUCUCUGUCUGGAAAUAGAUAUAUCUAUUCUGUAUCUGAACAGAAUCUGAACAGUUCGGAGAUGGUUAAAUAAGUGUUAGAUCACAACAAUUGCUGAAGUCUACUGUUGCAAGUUAAUUUUAUUGCCUUUCUUAGUGGUUUUUUUUUUUUUUUUUAAACCCCAACCAAACAACAACAAAAAUACAACCAACAUAUAUUCUGACAUUACCACUUUCUUGUGUGGCUUUUGUUGUUUUACAAAACAACACAUACUUUUUCAUUAAAAUGAUGCAGCUGUAUGUUGAAUGCCGGUAGGGUGAAAUACAGUAAAUUUGUUUUUCUGUUGAAUCCAUUCCCAUUCUGCUGUUUGGGUUAAAAAAUAAUAUAGAGAACAUCUGAAAUAUUAAAACUUAUCAACCCUUUAUUUUUCUUUUCUUUAGAUAAAUUCAAGAUACCAUUUUAGAUCAUGGAUAUAAACAUAUGUUAACUGACUUCUAUAGGGUUUAGUUUUGACAUCUUUAGAAUUGCAUAUAAAGAGAAUAAAAACUUUUUUCAUUUUUGUAUCUAAGCAAUUGAGAAUAAUAAUGAAUGAAGAAAACUCUGAAUUAACCUAUUGAUACUAAUUUUAAAAGUACUUUUAAAAAGAAAAACUUUCUUGAUAGGUGAAUGAACCUGGAACUAACACAAGAUCAGAACUGGUAUUGAUCCAUUUUGUUAGUGUAACAAAUUUUGAUUUGAUGUCCAAAGAUUUCUUAUAAAACUAUUUUUACAGGUAGUUUAAAUUCAUUGUUGUAAUAACUUGUAAAAGUGUGAUACUGACAUUCAUUGUCAAACCUGACCCACCUUCAUCCUUCAGUAUCUAUUUAAAAUACUUGAUUUGAAAUGUAAUUGUAAAAAUAUCAUUGUGGCAUUUUUGGUAGCUUAAAAAUAAUAAUAAAAUAGUGCUUGUACAUGAA